UUCAUAAGGUGAGGUCAGCAGAAUGCUGCGCAGCUGUGUGCGGUUUGAGAGAAAACGCUUCAUUUAAAAAAAAUGAUGCGUCAUGCUUCGCUCUCUGCAAUCAUUAGUCAGCAGAACGCACACAUUUAGCUGUGGCAGUCAUCUGACUGUGUGACCGGACGUAGGGAGACUUUCUGCUCUCAGAAAACACUCGUCCUUCUUCACCUCGGUCCAGUUCUGGUCUGAGAGGUGUUCGUGUCACGAUGGGGAUCAACAGGACAUACGUUAGCAUCGCCUACGCCUCGUGCGGGAUAAUCAUAGGCUGCUCUGCCUUCCUGGUGUGGAACUUCGUGUACAGACAGCCGUGGACCGGAGCCAUGGGGGGUCUGUCAGGUGUGUUGGCCCUGUGGAACCUGAUCACACACAUCAUGUACCUGCAGGACAUCUGGAGGACCUGGCUAAGAGGCCUCAGGRUCUUCAUCGUCACGGGGCUUUUCUUCUCUCUGCUGGCAGUCGUGGCCUUCAUCACGUUCCUGACCAUCGCCAUCAAAAACAAGGAGUCUCUGACCCCACAGAGUUUCUACCUGUCCAGCGUGUGGAGCUUCAUGAGCUUCAAGUGGUCCAGCCUGCUCACCCUCUCAGCUAACCGCUACCGCAAGGAGUUCGCCGACAUCGGCAUCCUGGGUAACUUUUGAACGCACUUUAUAACGCCCACACCUUCCUCUGACUGCGCUGAGCGUUGGUGUGGGAAGAACCGGAGGAGAGGUGCACCUCCUCUGGUCCUUUUAAUAUGAACAGUUUGUUUCCGGUCCACUGUCUCCUCUUCAUGAGUCUCAGUUUUCUUCUUUUGUGUCAUUCAGUUAUUUUACUGCCCAAAUGAUCUCAUAACAAAUUACAACAUGGUGAUUUUUUUUCUCUUUCUGACUCAGGGGUGGUUUUAGGGUCAGGGCCUGAGGGGCUGUGGCCCCACUAAAAUCCAAUUGACCCCUGACUCGCCCCUGACCUGUUACUGAUGGCUUCACUCUUUACAGAUGAGUGACAUUACAAACCAUGAGGCUGCAGCGGCGGGGGGCACUUAGAUUUUUGUAAUCCUUUAGCUUCACAACAAGCUUUAAAUUGAAUUUGACCUGGUGCUUUUGUAUCUUUAUAUUUGUGGCCCCAAUAACCCCGGACUUAUCAUUCAGRGCAUUCUUCAGUUGCAGCACUGCACCUCCACCACUAGAGGCCACUGUUCAUUCAGUAAUAAUUGGCAACAUUAUUGCACAUUUGAGACACACAUGUUGCACUUCUUCACCAUAUGUUGCACCUCCAGUGAUCAACCAAGGAAGCCUGCAGUGAAGACAGUUCAUUAAGUUUAAUUCACAUCCCUGCACCGUCCACACACUGCAGCUCACCUUAAAUCCUGCAAAAUGAAGGCUUUUUUAUCAGCCCCAGAAAAUCACCACAGGUCCCUGUUCUCUGUAUUCCUGAAAUAGGACUGGGGGGGGGGGUUUUAAAAAAAGUUAAAGGAUUUUUGUAGUUUUUUUUUUUUUGUGACAAAAACAGCCCAAAUAGGUGCUUUAAUUGAGCUGUGAAACCACAUGCUGAAGUAUUAUUUUUUGUUGUUUUUGUACACAUCCUGUUACUGUCUGAUUAGUUAAUUUCUUGUCUUUAAAGAUCUGUUUGUAGUAAUUUGUCUCUGCAUUAGUGAAGGGCUUCGGCUCCGUGCAUCACUCGACUGAUCGUAGUGGUGUUUGAACCCAUGUGACUCAGAAUAUUGUUAAUAAAAAUAUUUUUUAACAUC